CGAUGCCCCGAUGUGUUUUUUUCCUAGCAGUUGCAGUGAAAGUUUGUGGAGCUGGGGUGUCAGUGAAGCGGUGUUACACAGCUCCGAGGGAGGGAGGGAAAGAGAGACAGAGAGAGAGGGAGACGGAGGGUUGCGCUGUCAGACUGAUGGGAGUUAGCCCUGAAACGGAUCGCUUUUGUGUCGAGACUAUAGCAGAAUCUGUACAGGCACAAACCUGGACCAAUGACCUACCCCACGAAGAAGUAGAUUGAUUGUUUUUUCUCUUGGCUUCCCAGAAUGACAUUACCUCUCGCAUUCAUAUAGUUUUUAUUUUAAGCAAUGUGCCUCAUUCCGUCAUGACUUUUGAAUUUCGGUCACUGAUAUUUGGGAUUGUAACGCUUCUUGCCUUCUUCCUUAUCCUAGCAGACAUCUCUGAAGUCGAAGAGGAAAUCGGGAAUCAUGAGGGUGCUUGGAAAUUAUCCUUCCACAGUUCUGAGAGUCAAUCCAGCAGAAAUGGAGCUACAGAACCAGGGCCUACUCUUCCAGCUGUGGUUGGGGAUCUCGGAAGAGGCAUCAACAACAGCAUUGAGUCUCCAUCUUCUGAUUGGAGAUUCAACAGAAGCCUUUCAAACAUUAUCAGAAAGAGCAUCUUGAAAUUUCUGGAUGCAGAAAAGGAUAUUUCAGUGCUGAAAGGCAAUCUGAAGCCUGGAGAUACGAUCCAUUAUAUAUUUGACCGAGAGAGCACUAUGAAUGUCUCUGAGACCCUGUACCAGCUCAUCCCAAAAGUGUCCCCAAUGAAGAAGCAGCACUACAGGCAGUGCGCUAUUGUGGGCAAUUCUGGAAUCUUGCUGAAGAGCCGCUGUGGAGCUGAGAUUGACUCCCAUGACUUUGUCAUCAGGUGUAACCUGGCUCCAGUGGAGGAGUACCGUGCCGACGUGGGCCGGCGGACCAGCCUGGUCACCAUGAACCCCUCGGUUGUGCAGCGCGCCUUCCAGGACCUGGCCAGCUCGCACUGGAGGGAGCGCUUCCUGGAGCGCCUGAGCUCGCUCAACGGCAGCGUGCUCUGGAUCCCCUCCUUCAUGGCCAAAGGGGGCGAGGAGCGCGUGCAAUGGGCCAGCGAGCUCAUUCUCAGGCACGGCAUCAACGUGCGCACGGCCUUCCCCUCGCUGAGGCUACUGCACGCUGUCAGAGGGUACUGGCUAACAAAUAAAGUUCCCAUUAAAAGGCCCACAACCGGUCUUCUGAUGUACACACUGGCCACGCGCUUCUGCGAGGAGAUCCAUCUGUACGGAUUCUGGCCCUUCUCUCUGGGCCCCAAUGGGCUCCCAGUGAAGUAUCACUACUACGACAGCCUGACUUACGAAUACAGGGCCCAGUCCAGCCCCCACUCCAUGCCUGUGGAAUUCAGAGCCUUGAAGAGACUGCACAGCCAGGGCGCGCUGAAGCUGCACACUGGGGAAUGUAACGCAAGAUCAUAGCGUCAGCACGAAGCGGGAUGAGAAUUCCAUAAAUAACACCUGAAACUAAGCUGGGAAAGGGCACCUUGCCAGGGGUGUGUACAUAAACGUAUACCUGGCGUGUACCACCAACGGAGGAAGAAAUACAAUAAAGAACGGAACCACUAUGUGCGAACAGCACAAGCAUUUUGCAAGAUCAUUCAGAAAGGAGCAUUCAUACUUAGUACAAACCCAGGCGCUGUAGUUGUGUUAUUUUUCUCAACCAGCAGAGCUGCCUGAAUGUUGGGAGAGGUUUUGCAUGAGUAUAAGGAAUAUGAAUUAAGGAAUAAGGCUCAGGCCCUUUUCAGUCCAACUUUAUAACUAAUUCCCACCACCUGGGCAAGAAUGGACUGGACAAGUGUGGCCCCACCUUAGGUCAAGGACUAUUUCCUGCAGCGUUUGCCUGGCAUGACUUGCAACAGGGAGCAGGCUGCAGUCAUUGGAAGGAAGGCAGAUUUGAUUCUCUAUAGAUUUGUUUUAAUGAUUUUUUCUCUUAUAAUUAUUUAUUCAGGCGGUAUUGUUUAAAAGAAACAAACCGAACCAGUGUCUCCUCUUCUGUUUGCCCAACGAGCUAGAGCUGAAAAUGAAUCUUUUGGACUUGAAAAGCAGGACAGGCAGCUUGAGUGGGAGCACGUAGAAGGGUUCUGCACACCUGUUCCCAUUUCCCUAAUUGACCAUGGGCAGACUACCCACGCAUUGUUUGUCUCUGUUCUUGCAGUGCUACUCAACUUAAUAAAUGCACUCGAGCAACCUACUGACAGGGCAUCAUUUUAUUCUGGGAAAUAAUUUGGAGCACCUGUGUUCUAAGGAAAGUGCUAAAGAAAAGAACAAACGAUCUUGAGUGUCAGGGAAUCAUAAAAUCAGGUGAGCAGCUCCGGCAUUUCGCAUUUACAUCAAUGACAAAAAUAAGAGGUUUGAUUUGAUAAGCCAGGGAGAGAACUGAAAUGUAUUGAUAAUUAAAGAGGAACUGCAAUGCCAUUUUUAUAUCUCGGAGGGUUCGAAAGAAUCGGCAUUGAUGAGUGCAAAGUGAUGAGUGAAGGUAAAACAUACACAGUGACAUGUAAAAGCUCCAAUUUACAUCACAAAAUAGAUCAAAUUUCCAGGUGUGUGCAGCGACAUAUUCUGUGAUUCAGAAUGCGGCAACAAGACUUCAGGUGAGAUGAAGCGGCCCUAUUACACUGUAAACAAGCAGGCUUGUGAAUCCACUGCUUUUAAUCUAAUAGAAAUAUUGCUCUCGACUUUGAGCUGU